CUGGGAUAUUCGCUCUCUUGAACGCAGUGACUGGGGUUCUCUACCAUUAAAUCGUAUUGAUUUAGACAGCUGGGGUGUCAUCGAGCUCUGAUCGCCUCUUUUAUCGGGGUUGCUACGGCUAUAUAUUUCACACCGAGUAGAUAUAAUUCCCAAAUAAAAUAUGGUAUCCAGCGAGGGGACACCUGCAGUCUCGUCCGAGAAAAACUGGCGCGAGAACUUCCCCGACGGCGACCUCUGGGUAUUCGGCUACGGGAGCUUGAUUUGGAAGCCUCCGCCGCAUUUCGAUCAACGAGUUCCAGGUUACAUCAAUGGCUAUGUCCGACGCUUCUGGCAGGCUAGUAAUGACCACCGCGGAACCCCAGAGAAACCUGGACGGGUAGUAACAGUGAUUGAGCGGGAAUUCUGGGAGACCCUUGAUGAUCCGCUAGCACACCAUGAAACAUCCCCAAGCGCCACUAUCUGGGGUGCAGCGUACCACAUCCCCGCCAGCCAUGCCAAUGAAGUCCGCCACUAUCUCGACAUUCGCGAAAUCAACGGCUAUACUGAUCACUAUACGCCGUUCCAUCCAGUCCUGAAAUCUCAGGGAUCUGACGCCACAGAAUUUCCUACUACUCCCAUCACCUGCAUGGUCUAUAUUGGCCAGCCUACCAACUCCCAGUUUCUGCGCGAACCGGCCCAACGGGAACAGCAGGCUGUGGCCGAGGUGAUCAGUCGCAGCGAGGGCAAGAGUGGAAAGAAUGCAGAGUAUCUUUUCAUGUUGGAGAAGGCGCUUGAGGGACUUGGUCUUGGCAAUGCUGAGAUGCAUAUCACCGAUUUGGUGCGGCGGGUUAAGGCUCUUCAGAACGAAGACGAGGUGCGGAGAGAGGAAGAAAAAGCCGAGCGGGUCUUGGAAGAGUCGUUGCAUCCAUCGGAACAGGAGGCGCAUUGGGGAUUCCCACCGGCUGAAUAG